AUGAUCAUUGUAGAGGUUACUGCCGAAGCAGGUCGAGCUCAAGAGUGUGUCGUAUACCACAACGCACAUCACCGACCGUGUCCGGAUCUUUCGCUGUUGAGGCCAUCUCCUUUCCUACGAAGGGAGCUGUACCAUGCUGCAGAAGAGGUCGGGAGAACCAAGGCAAUGCUGCAGCAGAACUUCAAUACCCGAUCGACCAGCCGCAAGAGCUCCCACGCGUACUGGAUCAGAGUGAACUGUCCUCAUCGUCUGCCCGAUGAUAGAACUUUUGCAGCAGCUAUCACGACGGCCGAAAGACAUGCCCGUAUCAAUAGGGAUCCGCUGAUGGCUGCGGAGAGCAUAUAUGAGCGAAAUAAAGAUAUGUUUCUCUAUUUCAACAAGCCAAGCAUUUUGAAUAAGGAUGCAAAUCCAACAGACGCUCCCGAUCUCCGCUUUGAAUGCGCCAUCGCUCCGAAGGCUGGCUUGUAUGCGGCUAUCAUCUACGGAAGACGUCACGGUCUCUAUAUGGACACGUCCUGGAGACACAAGACUCGAUACAAGAGCCCGGUGACAAUUCUGGCGACAAGGAAUGACGCAGGACACAUGGUUGCAAUCGCCGUGCUCGUCUCCCGCAGAGCUCACACUUACACAUACCUCACUUUCCUGGAGCAUGUGACCCGUGCUAUCGAAGCUGCUGCUCGACAAGUGGCCUCUGAGGGCCCGCCAGAAGCACAAGCAGCGCCACUCCUCAACAUGGACGAACUCCAAGAGCACUCUAAAGCAAUUGUCGCAGCGGAUUUCUAUCUGCCUGCUCUGUUCAUGAUUGACGGUGACGAUGCUGAGCGCAAUGCGAUCGAGCUCAUGUUUGGUCCUGAUAUCAUCAUUCGAUGCUGCCAAUUUCAUGUGAUACAAGCAGUUCAGGCUCAAGUCAGACGCCUAUUCCCCACCAGCGUGGAACAAGAACGGGAAAAGAAGGUAAAGAAGAUACUGGAAAUGUUCAGGAGGCUCCAGCGAUGCCCUUCUUGGGAAGAAUGGGACACAGCCUAUAACAGCUUCAAAGCCGAGGUUCGCAACUAUGCUGCUUCUGCGAGCCCCUUCGGGCCUUCUUUGGUCUCCGAUUUCUUCUCUUAUUUUGAUCAACAAUGGCUUUCCGACAGAUGGCUUACAUGUGUUGUUGAUUUGGGUCUUCCCGAUGGUAUGAUCGUUCGCUUUGGAGCUAGAACCAACAAUCUGGUUGAAGCUGCAUUCAAAGUCUUCGACAAGACAUUCUUUCAUGGAAGGAUCAACAAAAGAGACGAUCGCCUCAUUCACAUCAUUGUGAAGAUAUGGUUCCCAUCUUAUCUCAAACAUUACCACUCUCGUGAACGACCUUCGGUGGUGCUCCAGCGCACGCUCAAACGGGCGUUUACCCUUUGGGAGAGUAACGCCAUCAAACCUAUCGAGCCCCACGAACAGCCAGCAGACUUCAAGGCCAUACAAGCCUUUAUGUCUCUCACUCCGAUGGACGAUGGCUUCGUCAAACCGGACGCCCAUGGCGUGGCCUGGGACCUUGUGUAUGGGGAGAAUGACUCCGAAGGCGAAGAGGAGACAUCAGACGCCGACGAAGGUGCAGAUACCGACGAGAAGAAAUUGGAUGAAAAGGAAGAGGGUGUAAAUGUUUGUAUGAGUGAUUUGGUUAUCAAAGGAAAGUAA